GUCAGUUAUCGCGGUUCGCUUCAGUUGUGCGAGGACGUUCGUUCCGGGGCGAUUUCCCAUCGUUUUAUGACUCACCGGUUUUUCCGAGAGCUGAUCCCAGUUGGCCGAGCGCUUUUCCGACCGUGUUUUGUUCUGUAUCGGCCGGUCAACGGAAGUUCCGCGAACAUGUGAGAUAAUCGCUUCUGUGAUCUGCCGGUAUUAUGUUUGGAUUAUGACAUACGGAUUUUUAGGAUUAUGUUUUGAUAUGCUCGAUCAAAACAAUAUUAUAGUUGGAUGAAUCGAAAACGUAUGGACGAUAAACAUCCUAAGUGUGACUAAUACCAUAAGUGCGUCUUUCAAAACGAACAAUAGGAACUGGUGAGACAAUGUUGGUUAUAAUAAGAAGACCCAGGCGCCGUAAUGUUGGCACGCCUGUGUACGCGAAAAACAUCAAUUACAGACAUGGCUGGAGAUGGGCAGUAGGCAAGGGGAUGAACGAAGGGGUUGUCCCCAAAGGAGUCACACCAGACUCCGACUGCAACAGUAACCAUCCAAACUCGGCCAGUUUCCUCUCUGUUUCUUCUCAAGAUGUUGACUUUGUACAGGACAAUUCGGAUUACCAAUGGUUUCUCGAUUAUGGGUACAGAGAUGGCGGCACCAACCACCAUACCAGUCUGCUGUCACUUCCCGAAUCUUACGAAGCUGGAGAUCUCAACUACUACGAUGCCUUUGCCAAAAAUAUGGACGCAAAUCUUGCAGAAGCAGACAUGGAGAGUUUCAGGACUGAAGAUAUACACGCCCUUCUCACCAAUUUACCGCCCAUGUGCACAGAUCAUCUGAGCCAAGAGAACCACAGACAGGGAGAAUGUUACGCCAGCGUGUCAGGCUCUAUGAUGGCCAAGUUUGACUUCGACAGUUCCAUGAGCCCUCAUAGCAGUUCUCAAGGUGAAGACUCAACCUCCAUGUCCAUCUGCAAGUCGGAGCUGCUCUUCAGUCCCGUAAGGGAGGUUCCUGUUCCAGGGGCGACUUACAGCGUUGAUUCUCUGGAUUGCGACAUCCAUGACAUGAUGCUGACUUGCCAGGCCAACAAGGACAACUACACCAUAGCGUUUGAGGGGUCCAUGACAAUGUACUCGGAGGAGUCUGACUUCAAUGGAACUGAAAAAUCUGACGAACACUCCAACAGCGCCCACUUCUCAAAUGAACUCAAGGUCCAAGCCAAGAACAUUAAGAAAUUAUCCAACGCAUUACCAAUGACGCAGUCCGAUUCUGUAAGCUUCACCACCUGGAGCAAGCUGAAAAACGCUGGAAGUGACAACCAGGUCCGGAGGCACCCCUCUGGCAACAAUAACAACUCUGGAGACGACGCCACGCAUUUGGGACUAAACGACAACACCGCCAAAAGUCAGAGUAUGCCGAACUUGUACAAGCAGAAGUUGAUCAAGAGUUUGAUGCAGAACAACAUAAUGCACAACGCCAAAAAUGCGACUGACGUUUGCACGCAGAAGAGGAAGCAGGUCAAGGUCUUCGACAUUCAACACCAAGCCCAAAUCAACAGUGCCAGCGGCGCCAGCAUAUCAGACAUGGCAACGUCGGUCGACGCCAGUUCCAGUGAAAAUGUUGCCAACUCCAAACAACCAAACUUCAGUUUGGUGAAGCUCUUCAUGAAGCAGAAGAGUCUGAGUACCGAAGGGAUGUCCACAACAGCAGACCAACUUUCUUCCUCUGAAAACUGGCCUGGAACCCAGUCCGUCGAAAGCAACUGCUCAGAAACCAAAUCGGCUGAUCACCAAAGAUACCUUGACCACAGUCAUGAUGGCAGAAUUUGCGACAGUGUAUCCAAAAUUCACGGGUACAUAGCAGAAGAACCGGAGGACGAACUGACCAAGAAAGAAGACAUAUCGAAACUGGACUGCAGCAAGAAAUCCGUCAAUAACAAUACCAGCUUCUGUGACGUGAGGAAGGUCGAGUCACCAUUGAAAAGAAGCAUGAAAUCUCUCAAAAAUGAAGCAAUUAACAGGAGUAUACAGACCUCCAACUUCUCCGAGAUCGUGAACCUCAAAAACGUUGGAAAACCAGCUAGUCCAAAACCACAAGAACCUAUUAAAGUGGUGGAGCCUUCGUUCUUGAAUAAGCUUAAAAAGGAAGGCGAGGUAGAGAAACCAGUCUACGUGAUCUACCCGAACUAUGUCCUUCCCAACUUGGACUUCUUGAACGAAAAGGAAGACGACGUUGCUAAGAUCCUGCUGAUGCCUCAGAGACCACCGCAAAUUACCGUUCAAAAGAAGAGACCACUGAGUUGUAACGACUUGGAGAUCUUGAAGGCCAAAGGUUUCAGUCACGUCAAAGAUUGGGAUUCCUUGAACUUCCUACUUCCUCCAGAAUGCCGAGAAAUAUUGUCUGACAUACCAGAAGUCGCAGAUUACAUCAAGAGGACCAGUGUUAAACAACCACCACCAAGGACUACAAGGACAAGAAGGAGGCCUGUCAGUUGUGAUUACUCUGAACGAACGUUCACUUCAAACCAAACCAACGUUUCUUCUAGUUCUAGCACAGCUACUCAACCAAGCUCUGGCUAUAGAGGUUCUUCAACUAUCUUAAACGAUUCGCAGAAUAGUCCAGCUCCUGGAAAUAACCUCAAUCCGUUGUUUGUAUAUAGGUACGACAGUGUAACGAGCUCUGAAGCUAGUUUCAUGCAGAACGACAGGCAGAGAAGUAUUACCACAGCUCCUCCUCUAACCAAAAGAUGCGUCAGUGUCACUCACGGAGAAAUCAUACCUCCAAGACCCCCUCUACCAAAGAACAUACUCUCUAAAGAUCCCAAAAGGUUCAGUCUAUGUGAAACCACCAGCGACUCUCCAGUUUUCGAAGAUAACAAAUAUAAGAGGAUUUCUCUUCAAGAACCUUACUACUUAGCUAGGAACAAAAAGCUUUCAGAGACUGAGGAUGAAGGAGUUGACGCUGGAACCUCCAGCAGUAGUUUGGACGAACACGAACCACCGCUGGUCACCAGAUCCAAAUCCAACAGACUAUUUCCAAACAUGAGCAUCGACGAGCUGACGCAGUUCGAGGAGUUCUUAAAAUGCAGCGGUAUAUCUUCUUCGGAUGGUGAAGAUCUAAGUGACGAAAACUUUACACAACUUAGAUCUUACGUCAGUAGGUUCUUGUCCUUGAAGAUGAACCAAGAGGGUGGGGAGCUCUUCGGUGGAAAGAAAACUGUCAGUUUUGCGGAGAAAGUGAACGUGCUACCGAGGUGUUUGGAUGUUAAACCCACCUUUUUGGCACCUAAUAAUUCGCCAAACGUUUCUGCUUUUGGUCAUCAGAGGAAUUAUCAGAAUGCUCAAGAUGGAAAAGAAUGCGACCCCACAUAUUCUAGUCCUCAAACGACACCGAUACACCGACAGUCCUACAACAUGGUGCAAAAAUGGUCUCUUGUAAACGGGGUCACAAACGCUGUAGACCUCCUAGUCAAACAUUUCUCUUCGGCUUCCAACCAAUCUGAACUAACAGCCUUAGGAGACUCCAGCUUGAACCCUACGUGUGCUAAACUAGCCCUAACCCACCUCUGCCCUGCCUUAUACGCAGUUCUGAGCGACGGUUUGAAACCUAACCUAGAAACCAGCUUUGGUGCUAUGAAUAAUUCAGUGUGGCAAGUUGUCGAAGCUUCGGCCAAGCAAGGUCCCCUUACCAAAGCGCUCAACGAGUUGGUAAUGAGGAUCAACAGUGAAGACGCUAUAACUGAAGGUCUAGUCAAGUUCAAUACCUUUGUUUUUGGCUUGUUGAAUGUUAGGUCGCUUGACGCUUGGGCUAGCUAUUUGAGGACUAGGGAAAGCGUGUUGAAGAAGCAUUACGACCAUGAUUCUCUGUUGAUUUUGUCCCAUACUGGCGGGUCUAACGUUAGGGUGCUCUUGGAUAAGUUGAUAACAGCUUUGCAACCACUGGCUGUUUAUCCUUUCCAACUUGAUUUGCUAUAUGAGACCAAGCAGCUUCAUAUGAGUCUCAAGAGGAUGGAAGCUUUAAGUCCUACUCAUAAGUUAUCCUUCAAACAGUGGACAAACACCGGUCUUUCAACGCACAGUAACAAAUCUAACUCUGACUCAGAAGAGGCAUCGGCUGCUACAACUGUAAGGCAUAGGUCAGGUUAUCAAGACGAAGAGAACCUUCCAGACAUACUAAAUGGUUCAACCUCAUCUAAAAUGAAGGGUAGGGGUGAUAAAGAACGUCCUAGGUCUUGUUGCGAUCCUGGAGUUUUGGGAAAACCUACAUUCAAGCUUGGAGAAGAUGUUACCAGUAUAGCUAAGAAGAGGUGGUCUGGUAUCGCCUUGAAUUCUAAAUUGUAUCAGGUCUAUGAUAGGUUAGCUAGAGAAGAUGACGAGGAGUAUACAGAUAGUUUAGAAAAUGCGAAUAAUUUCAGGGGUGAAGAAUGCGAUGACAACAAUUCAGACGAAAACAUCCCACAGAUACAGCCUGAAUCGCUAGAAUAUAACACUAACGAAGAAGGUAAACCUUUGAACGGUAAGAGGUUCAAGAAACUGCAACAAAGAUGGGAAAUGCUCAGUGGCAAGGAUCAGGCCUUCUCUCCACCUCUUUCUCCUACCCACACCCCGAAUACACCAAAUACCCCAAGCAAAUCCAGGAUACCCAGGCUGAUAACCUCCCCAGUUAAGCCAGUGUCAGGAAUACCAACUCCGGUAUGUCAAGGAAGUAAAACAGCUAAUGCUAAGGUUGGACAGAAGAAGGUUACGACGCCUCCAAGUUCUAAACCACCGAGUACGAAUAAAGUGGGUUCUGUGAAGAGUUCGCCUGCUAGAAAAAUGCCAGUGGGUAAUACUAGGACAAGUCGGGUUGAUCAAGUAGAGGCUGGUAGUGACAACAGCAAGCAUCCUCCAAGGCCAAGCAGUCUGCCAUACAAACCAGCGACAACAAACAACAAGGCUACAAAAAUACCGCCCAGAAGAGCAGCUUCCAGUUCCCUGAACAGAAGACCUCUUUCUAUCCACUCAAAAACACCCAAAGUGGUGAGGACACUAUCCCAUAGACUACCCUCCGAAAGUGGUCACCUUUCCUACAAUGAAGGGGAGAACCUGAAGGUCAUACUGAGGGUGGACGACAAGUGGUUGCUUUGCUGCAGAGGUACUCAGAAAGGUCUGGUUCCAGUAUCUGCCGUAAUAUCGGCAGAUAUCGGAACUUUCUGAUAGAGCAUUUCUCCUUGUAAAUAAUCUCACUGGCAUUUUUCGGUUGUAAAUUUUUUAUACAAAACUGCAAAUUUGUAUUUUAUAGAAUGGGGCAGUAUUUUUUACCAAGUGACUUUAAGGUGGUGUCUUUUCGGUUAACUGUAGACUUGUCCUUGGAGUUGAACGCUCAGUUGUACGCAUAUUGCAUAUUAUAACCUAUCAAAAAUAUCUCGAAAAAUCCCAAAUUUUAUUUAUUAAUAUCGUAGGUUUAAGAUGAAAGUUUCGUGUUUCAUUUGAUGAAUAUCAUAUUUAUUAGAACGAUAUCGUUCUUGCAGUAUUACGCGACGAUAUUAUACAGCUUUUUAAUGUUGUAAUACGCUAUUUUGAUAUUAUUUUGUCUAUCAUCCAGCUUCUAGUACCAAAUGGGUCUAAUGUACUUAACGAGAAAAAUAACAUCUGAAGAAAAACAUAAAAAACAAAUAAUAAUUAUCCAAAUAAUAAAAAUAACCAAUAUUGGCACUUAGGUAAUAAACCUUCUUUCAUUAGGUUGUCAUCAGUUUAAUCUAAAUUUUCCCUUUCCAAUUAUUUAGUUUAUUCUACCAGUUAACGAACUGAAAAAAAAAUUAUUAGGAGCUAUACAAGAAUCCUAUAGAACUAUUCGUUUAGAAUUAUUUGUUUCCGACCAUUUACGAAGGUCCCUUUUUGUUUAUUGGUGGUUGGUUUCUUGGGAUAUUCUGUUAGAUUUGUUUCGGUGUUGGUGUUUCUUAUUCGAAAUUUUGUUUUUUCAUUUUACUCGGUUUAACAAAGGUCUUUGUUUUGUUUAACUAUUGUUGUAUUCGGACGUUUAGAAUGAUUCUAAUUUUGUUGGUUUGUUUGGGCCAUCUAAAUUUUAAUAUAUCAACCCUUCCUAAGACCCUAUCCUUGCAUGUUAACGGUGGUGGUGGCUUCAAUUGAAAAAAUCUGGUGAUAGCUCUUCCUUCAGUUACUAAUAUAAAAUUCCUCACAUCCUUUCCUUGCAUGUUAACUUCUUCUCUAAUGAAGGAGGAGCACAAUCAAAUUUAGUUUGAUGCUAAACUCUUGACUAAAAAAAAUUCUUAAAGCUUUCUACGCUUCAUUUCUUCUUCAAUCCACAUCUCAGUAGUUAGUCUAUCUUUACUAACUUCAAUAGAGGUGUUCGCACCUUUCAUUGCUCUGCAAUAUUUCCUUCAAAACUCUUAAGCACCGAAUCAAGUGUGGUCCAUGUAUUAGUAUCAAUACCGGUGGGAUCCAACCUUGUCAAGAUUCUCUAUUUACUUUGGACCUUCACGAAUGGUUUAGAAACUUAAAUAAUUUUAGUACUUUAGGAAACUUUAAUGUUAAGAUUGAACCAUUGUAAAAACGGUUCAAAAUAUCAUUGUAAAUUUCCAUCGAAUACUACCCUAAAAAUGUGAUAAGUUACUGGUAUUUAGAUAGACUAAAGAGGAAUAGAUGUUAUAUUGUUUCGAUGAUAAGGUAAUAUCGUUUUUGUUUCGCGUUGUUUACCCACCUUCUUCAGUUAAUUUCGUUUGAAAAAUUCUAUUUUUGAAAGGAAAACUAACUGAAUAAUAAUCGACGUAGUGUUGGAUUUGAUAUUUAUGUCUAUAGUAGGCAGAUAUUUUUCGAACUCGCAAAGUACUUGGAAUUGAUUUUGAAACUUUUGAUUUGUAUAUAAAGGCAAUGAAGAUUGGUGUAAAUAUCUUAUUGGAGAUUUUUUUUUAAUUAUUUUCGGGAGCCAGAUUACCAUAUUAUUAGCGGUGCCAUGACACCCGUUACCAUAUAUUAUUAUAAUGUUAUGUAUAAUAAACUUUGUUGAAUAGCUUUAAAUUGAUUUUAUCAUUAAUUUAAGUUGACCAUUAGUUUGUAACAUUUAGCCAGGAUAAUGAUAAUAAAACAUUAUUGCAAA